GUACCUAUGAUGAAAAUUAUAGGCCUCUCUCAUCUUUUUAAGUGGGAGAACUUGCACAAUUGGUGGCUGACUAAAUACUUUUUUGCCCCACUGUACGUAAGCUAUUAAGAUGGCGCUGACAGGUAGGGCAGCCGUGCUUCUAGCUUCCACAAACAGUUCGCUACACCCGCAAUAACGUAUAUAACCAAUAAAAAUGUAUUUGAAAUAGGUUGUAACUAGGGCCCAAUGGUUAUAACACAUGGACAGUAAGUUCUAUCUGUAACUAUGAUUCAAUUAAGAAAAAGUGCCAAUUUUUAAGUCCUGCUUACUGGAUUAAGUCUCUUGCAGUAAAUUUCCCACAACAACCAAACUAAAGCCUUAUUGACUGAUUACCAUUCUGUAAAGUUAGAGGUAUGCAUCGUAUGACUGGCCGAUUAAUUUGCCUAUUUGUAAUUCAAACGCCUUAUCAAUGUUAUUUUCAAAAGCCCAGUCAUGACACUUGACCCCCUCUUGGCCCGAUGCCUAGCAUUGGCUUCUAUGUCCUAUUUACGAGACGGUUAUCACCCUUCUGUGGUGCGUGACCAGUGGCUGUCAUGCAUCUUGAAUGGUGAGCAUCUGGGAACUGGAGGGGUCAAGUUCAAAAGUGGGGGGGACGAGUGUCUCUAAUAGGCUGUGGGUGAAAACAGAAGCUGUGGUUAUUGCUACAGUCAUGGCUGGCGAUAUGAGCUGCGUCCAGUGCUUGUGACAGGAUGGUUGAAGGGACCCAACUCCGGGGGUCACUCAUCAUCCAGUUCUAGAACUUGACCUGUCAGGUGACAGAACCUAAAAUAGCCCUGCACAGAGUAUAUAGAGGUCUAUACGCAGGCCUUGGAUUUCAGAACAGGACUUGCCCCGCUGUCUGAAACAUACAGGACACUGCACCACGAGAGCCAUUGACAAAAGAAGAAAGGCUUUUUUGAAGGACAUAUCUUAAUUCAAUUAUUUCACUGCCUUUUGGUUUAUAAUUUUACUGCUGAAAAAGGAAUGCAGAUUUUCAUCUUAUCUUUGAACAAGACUUAACUUUCUUAAGGAUGAAGUACUACCAGGACCCAGUCUGCCAGUCCAGAGGUAUCAAGGCUUAUGGCCCCAAAGAGUCCAGCAGCUCUUUUUGCGCCCACUCUUCUCCACAGAUCAAACCAGUCCGCAGCGUCCACUUCCCCAACGACAUCGUGUUCCAGGACUACAUCCGGCAGGGCGAGCUGGACAGGAUCAGACUCUUUAUCAGAAAGAGGAGGGUCAGCCUGGAAACCAUCUACCAUUCUGGUAUGGCAGCGAUCCAUGAGGCCGUCCUCUCUGGGAACCUGGAGUGUGUGAAGCUGCUGGUGAAGCACGGAGCAGACAUCCACCAGAGAGACCAGGAGGGCUGGACACCUCUCCACAUGGCCUGCAGUGACGGAUUCCCUGACAUUGCCAAGUACCUGCUUUCUAUUGGCGCUGACCCUCGGGCGGAAAACGAGUGUGGGGAGACACCUGCCGAUCUCAUCGACUCAGAGGUCACGGGGGUUCGAGAGCUGAAGGGGCUGCUUGGGGUGGAGGACGACUGAGCUCUCCUCCUCAUCGAACUUUAAAACUCCACUGAAUCUUCAGUCUCCUUCCUCGCCCAGGCCUCCCGGUUGACCCUCGACAAUGGAAUUAAAUGGACAGAUCGGUAGAACAUUGUCAUUCUGUGCCCUCCCUCCCUUGUAGAGGUCCUGGAGACAUAUAUCUGGUCUGGUGGGAGGAAGGCGGCCUGCCAACAGUAGAUGGUUGCCUUUGAGAGUGAACUGAACUAUUGCUGGAAAGGGGCUCCUUCAGGCAAUCUCAGCAGGCAUCGCUUUGUAAUGCUGUUUGCAGGUGCAGAAGUUAGCUUUUGUACUUUUUUCAUACAGGGUGAACGCAGCACGGAAAUGAAUUAGAUAGCAGUCUGGUAAUGAGCUUUUUGAAGUACUUUAUAUAGUUGAUGUGUGAAAGCUUUUUUUGGAAGUUGUGAAACAUGGAUCUGUCGUUGUCCCCUGACUCAUAGGGCCAUUCUGAAAUGGGACCUACUGCCCACCGCAGUAAACCAAUGUGAUAGGUCAACUCUACCUACUGACAGCGUUUAUAGUUCAAGAUUUGUCAUUUACAUCAUACAACUUUUACAUUUGAAAAACGAAGACUGCAUAUGUACCACAUGGAUAUGUACAUUGCACUUUACCUCUUUACAUUUGCAUACACCACUGGAAUGGCUAAUUGUGUGUUUACAAUUGCUUUUACAAUCAUAACUGAAACUGUGUGCAAUCAAUUGUGGUUACACCGCUUUGAAAAUAGUUGCCUUUUAUACAUUUUUUCAUUAAAAUAGUUUCAUAUUAAAACAACUUAGUGGUGAUCUAUUCGUCUUUAUAAACUACUGGUAUAAGAACUUGACAAAUCUGUUUGAAGGGAAAGAAAAUGUAUUCUUUUGACUUUCAUUUCAAACUACAGUAACCAAUAUUGGUUCCAAUUAACCUUGGUGGACUAAGAAGCACUUCUAACAUUGAAGCUAGGAACAGUUCCCGGUAGGCCGGCUCCGGCCGGGGAUCAAGUUAAUGAUUGUUAAUUGGACCAGCUCUCUGCAGGAAGGUGAUUAUCCAUGCCUCUGCACAAUGAGUACUGUACAGUAUUGGCUGAGGUGCUGGUUUCUGAUGGAUUUAGAGAGACAAGUAGAAUUUAGGAAAGGGCGGCUGAGAAAAUCAAAAGCCAAGUCAGGGUUGUGCUUUAGCCACAAGAAAAUACCCCAUCAGUAUUAAGAGUGGAAGUUUCCCGUACACCACAUAUCUAGCAUCAAACUAUCAUACCCAUAAUGUAUUAGUGGACUGUAUGUAGCUCAUCCGGUAGAGUGGUUUGAGAGAAGUUGCUAUGUACCUCAGGUGGGGCUCUACUUUUGGUUUGUUCCGCGUGGUCUUGACCGUCAAAACAAUAGAGCAUAUACACAGUGAACAAAACAUAAGGAACACCUUACUCAUAUUGAGUUGCAACCCCUUUCGCCCUCAUAAAUGCCUACAUUUGUCAGGCAUGGACUCUACAAGGUGUCAAGUGUUCCACAGGGAUGCUGGCCUUCAAAAAAUGUAAGUGCUUUUGAAUGGGGUAGUAGGCGCCAGGCGCACUGGUUUGUGUGUAAAGAAUUGCAACGCUUCUGAGUUUUUCAUGCUUAACAGUUUCCCGUGUUUAUCAAGAAUGGUCCACCACCCAAAGGACAUCUAGCCAACGUGACGCGACUGUGGGAAGCAUUAGAGUCGAAGACUUACAUUUU